AUGGAUCAGCAGUGCUGCUAGAACUACAAUUAGGCAAAUUUGUUAAAACCAAAUCAACCCUAUUAACAGUGGGAGAAUAUUGUACGGACAUUACAUGAAAACACUCCAGGCUAUUCAAAACGAGUUGUAGAUUGAACACUGCUUGAUGAGAAUGAUGUCCAAAAGCGAUAAGAUUAUUAUCUUGUGCAUACCAGAUGUAUCCUGGCCAAUUAAUAUCGUCGUAGUGUUCUUAUGAGAGGGAUAAUAAACAAGACAGAACUCACCCAACGCAGUUUCGAAUUAUUAAAACAAAAUGAUGAUGACAAAUACCCCUGAAGAAGAGCUCCAAUUGGAAGCUAUGCAACGUGUUUGGCAAAGAAAGCCUUCAUCUCUCUCAGUUUUUGAAGAAAGUGUUGAAUUAGAUGACAUAUUUACAAGCGCAAGCCAAGUGGGCCCAUCUUUGAUAGCAUCGUGUGCUUCCCCUGCAACAAAACCAACACCCAUACAUGAAGAAGAAGUAUUCGAAUGUGAACCUGACCUGGAAGAACUGGUAGAUACCGGGUUACAGCCAGUAAAGCUAAGUGCUUCUGAUUUAGGAGAUUUUCCAGCUCAAUAUAUCGUGUAUGGACUUUUACCACAUCAGUUACCGGUGGUUGGUGUCUUUGUUGAUAAUAGAGUUGUUCCUGGUUUUAAGUACAAAGUAAGCCCACUUCCUUCCAAAGAGCAAGUGCGUAGAUGUCUACCUUACUUGUUUAAUGGCAAAGCUUUAACAUUGAAAUCCAUCGGAAGAGGUUACGCUAGACGUUUCACUUUUGAAGCUGAUAAAGGCUGCCUGAACAACAAUGAGAAUUAUUUUUGGAGUGACAACAGACCAGAAGGGUUCGCUUUUGAAAUGGAAAUAGUAUCGGAAGGAGAUAAAUUUACCAUCUAUGACGUUAUGCAAGAAGCUCAAGGAACUUUGGAAGUUCUUAAAAUUGAGGGACCUCAAAUUGAAAUUAGCACUGAAUAUACAAAAAAUGGCAUAGAAAAAAGAGCCAAAGUUAAUUUCAUAGGAAAAGUAGAAUUUUAUGAAACAGGUGUGGCAAAGCCAAAACCUGUUUCAGGAACCGUUAUCUGUAUUAAACAAAAAGGAAAAUCCAAUGCAGAAAUACGGAAAAUUGUAAAUGUUAAAAUUAAUAGUCACAGAUACAUUUUGAAGCCAGGAAUUUACAAAACGGACAGAAGGGUUGUGGUAAAAGGAGAAGAUAUUAACGACAUUCCAACUAGAUAUACUAUCAAUGGCUUAGAACAUUAUGAACUCCCAGUUGUAGGAACAUACGUAGAUCCUCGAGUGAUUCCCGGAUUCUGCUACAAGGUUCGUCCAAAUGACAGGAAGGAACGUCUGUUUGAGGGACGAUCACUAAGACUUCUCAGUAUUGGAAUGGGAUAUGCCAAAAGGCUGACAUUUGCUCCUGACUCUCUUUUGGAACCCAACAAUUAUUUAUGGUCCGAUAAUCAUCCAGAUGGCCUAGGAUUGGAACCGCGAGCUCUUGAAAAAGGAAUGAAAUUUACUAUACUAGCUGGCGAUCAAAAUAUUGGUACGGCAACUGUUUGGAGAGCAGAUUUGCCCCAAAAGGAAGAAAAAAUGGAAAGGGUGCCAUCAUCAUGUGGUAAACAAUGCGCCAUAGAAAAAUAUAUCCACGUUGACGUUUUAUGCCAUGUAAGAAUGAAUAUAACUGGUAGUAAUGGAGAAGAACACUUGUUAAGAGUUUAUGGUCUUGCGGUGGUACGUAAAGAACCGAAUUCCAAUAAAGCCUCAGUGGUAAGAGUUGAAAGCGUUGGUAUCGAUUCCCAAAUUAAUGUGCUCUUCGUCCAAACACAUACAGAGUUGAUAUUCAAACCGUAAAUUAAAACAAGUCUUAUUAGUUGCUUUAUCUAAUUAUUACUUCGAAAAGAUAAUUUCCUUCAAUGUAUUCCAUUGAUUGUGAUUCUCUUAAAAAUCUUAUUUAGUUCAAUUUACGCUAUGAUUGCUUCAAUUUUUAUUUACUUGUUUUUAUAUACCCGAUCAUAUGAUUAUUUACAUCUGAUUGAAAAUAAUGAAUAAAUAAAAUGCGUUUGCUUGCAA